CUGUGAUCAAGUCGGACAUAUUUGACGACGCACCACCAAUGUCAAAGAACUUCGCGUUGACUUGACUGACCUCAGGGCUUGUUAUUACAUUGAGGCGAAUCUAACCGGACAAGAUGCGCCUCACGUUGCAAAUGUUGAUCUCCCAUGGCCGGAUGGCCCGGAGGAUAGGUCUAGGUCCGGAGUCCCGAAUCAACAUUCUGCGGAACAUUUUGACAGGACUGGUCCGACACGAGAGGAUCGAAACCACGGCGGGCCGAGCAGAUGAAGUCCGCUUCUACGCCGAAAAGCUGAUUGACUACGCCAAAAAAGGAGACACUGACGAGAAGGCGAUGAAAAUGGCCAGUUUUUGGCUGACGGAAAAGGAUCUGGUCCCAAAGCUCUUCAAGGUCCUUGCUCCACGGUUUCAGACUCAGUCAAAUGGCUACACACGGAUGGCACGCAUUCCCAACAGACUGAACCUGGACAGAGCUCAGAUGGCCGUCCUAGAGUACAAAGGCAACCCCUUCCCGCCUCUUUAUCCUGUGAAAAAAGAGAACGAACUGACACUCCUCAACCAGCUGCUCAAAGGCUACAGAGAGGAGAGGGCACAGGAGUUACCCACAAAAGCUUAAGUAAACACAUCCUGGUGUUGGAUCCGUGAUGUGGUCGCUGAAGGAUGAUGGUUAGGUGAUGAAAUGCCUCCGAAGAGCCACCGGCAGAUGCUGCAGAUUGUGGUUUAUAGACACUGAUCCAUUUCUUCAACGAAAAACUGUUCAAAAGCUCCAGUGUCCACAAAAGACAUUCAUGGUUAUGUAUUAAUAAAUAUGUUCAAUAAAUAUAAGUUUGGCCAAAACAAA